UGCCUAUCGUUAUCUGGCCUGACGUAAACAACUUUGUCGAAUUUGUAGUGUUCUUUGUUUUCUUUUGUAGCUUAGCACAUAACAAUUUAUUUUGUAACGUUUUUGUUAAAUUGCCAUUUAACCUUAAAUUUGCCGAGGAGCGGGAGCGGAACAGUCGUCGCAUGGAGCACAUGUCCGCCGGCGGAGGGCCUUCGCCCGGGCAGUUCAUGGGAGUCCCCAUCCCAGAGACGGGUCCACCACGCCCAAUCCAAGAUCGCGAACGAGACGAGCCCGGACAACUGAGCGUUCAGAGUCUCAUAGACGCCAUCAUCAAGCACGAGAACAAUCGCACCAACGACGCAACCGCAUUCUCCAUCCCAGAGACAGGUCCACCACGCCCGAUCCAAGAUCGCGAACGAGACGCGUACUAUCCUCAGGCACACGGCGGCCCAGCGCCAGAGGAUACGCCCGGAAAACAUAGCGCCCAGAGUCUUAUAGAUGCCAUCGUCAAGCACGAGAUCAAUCGCAACAACCCCGAAAUCACAUUUCCGGGAUCUUCGACCAGGCAGUUCAUGCAAGCCACUAUCUCAGAUCGCGAACGAGACGCUAUAAUGAAGCGUGAACGUAACCGUGAGCGGGAGCUGAAAAGGAAGCUAGAGCGACGGGAGCAGGACCGGGAGCGGCGGGCGGUGGCCGAGGAGCGGGAGCGGGACAGUCGUCGCAUGGAGCGCAUGUUCGCCGGCGGUGUGGUGAACGCGCCAGGCGUCGGCGGCGGCGGAGGACCUUCGCCCGGGCAGUUCAUGCGAGCCUCCGUCCCAGAGACUGGUCCACCACGCUCGAUCCCAGAUCGCGAACGAGACGCGUACUAUCGUCAGGCACACGGCGGCCCAGCGCCAGAGGAUACGCCCGGACAACUGAGCGCCCAGAGUCUCAUAGACGCCAUCAUGAAGCACGAGAUCGCUCGGAACAACCCCGCAAUCACAGUUCACGUGCCGCCACGCGGCUCGGGACCUUCGCCCAGGCAGUUCAUGCGAGCCUCCAUCCCAGAGAGGGGUCCACUACGCUCGAUCCAAGAUCGCGAACGAGAAGCGAUCUUACAAAUAUCCGGCAGUCAGCUCAUAUUCGGUUCACCCAGAGGAUACGCCCGGACAACUGAGCGCCCAGAGUCUCAUAGACGCCAUCAUCUCGUGCUUGAUCAAAUUCACCAACGACGUAACCGCUGGUCCGGGACGCGAGUUUCCGCGGCCGACCUUCGUCCACGCGGCUCGGGAUCAGGCGACGGUGCCGGCACCCGAUCCUCGCCAGCCAAUGUCCUCCAUCAGAUGUAGGUGCGCGAUCAUCGCCAGCCAAGGAAUAAAAUAAUGAGGAAACAGCAGCAGGAAAUUGAAAGGCAUAAGUAGACUUGACAAUAUCUAGUUGAAGUUUUGUCCAACACAAAAUUAUUUAGACAUUUUUAAAACAGUUCAAACAAAACUAUUGUGGCUGCAAAUAAAAAUACAUAUUUAACAAUUGUACAAAAAA